AUGAAAACAAUCAUCUUAUUCUCACUUGCACUCAUCUUCACAGCCUAUUCAGCUCCUGCUCCUGCUCCUGUGCUCGAUAUCGAUGGAAACUACCUCCGCACAGGGGCCUUAUAUUACAUUAUGCCAGCGGCUCGAGAUGGUGAAGAUGGCGGACUCUAUGUGACAGACUACUGGCUUCAUUGUCCAGCUGGAGUUGCACAAUCCCGAAGUGAUGAGACAGGCCUCUCGUUGAGUUUUGGUCCGGUCAACCCCAAGAAAGGCGUGAUCCGUCUUUCAACAGAUGUUAACAUAAAGUUCUCAGGCUCCAACAAAUGUAAUGAGUCAAAUGUAUGGAGGGUGAAAUAUGAUAAAGGUAUGAAGCAAUAUGCUGUGAUGGUGGGAGGUGUAGAAGGAAACCCGGGACCAAAAACAUUGAAAAGCUGGUUUAAGAUUGAGAAAACGAAUGACGGUUAUAAGUUUGUUUUCUGCCCGAGUGUCUGCAGCUACUGUGAGGUGAGGUGCAGGGAUGUUGGAAUAGCUAUAGACGAAGGUGGUGCGAAACGUUUGGUACUCGGCGAUGGUCCUUCGUCUUUCGUCUUCUUUCGAGCUAAUAGUUCCCCCAGUUUUAGUAUUCCAUAA